AAUAAAGUUAAAGUAGGCCACCACAUUAACCAACAAAUAAUAAAAGCAGCGCCGUUCUCUACUUGAACGGCCCCCGCGGUUCAAAGUUGACUGGAUUCGGGGAUAGUUAUGCAAAAUGGCGCUGCGCGCAAGCGUUAUUUGAAACGCUGUGUUCGCAACUUUCACUCAUUGCUUUGAAAGCUAACUUGGAAACUGCUUAUACUGCUGCUGCGAGCGUCUCGGAUCAGGCAUGUUCGUCGCCCGGAGCAUUGCCGCUGAUCACAACGACCUAAUUCAUGACGUCGCCUACGACUUCUACGGCAAGCGUCUCGCCACAUGCUCCAGUGACCAAACUGUGAAGGUAUGGGACCUUGGAGAAGAUGGAGAGUGGCGUUGCACAGCAAACUGGAAGACACACAGUGGGUCUGUGUGGAAGGUCACAUGGGCACACCCAGAGUUCGGACAGGUCCUGGCGACUUGCUCUUAUGAUCGCAUGGCCACUGUGUGGGAAGAACUAGUGGCUGGCAAGAGCGGCGUACUUGGUGGCAGUGGCACUAGCAGCGGGAGUGAGCGAGGUCACUCCCACUGGGUCAAGCGCACCAGCUUGGUGGACAGUCGAACAUCGGUGACAGAUGUCAAGUUUGCACCAAAGCAGCUGGGUCUGCAGCUGGCCACGUGUUCAGCUGAUGGGAUGGUGCGCGUCUAUGAAGCACCCGACGUCAUGAACUUGAGUCAGUGGUCCCUGCAAAGUGACAUCAACUGCCGGAUGCCACUCAGCUGCAUUUCCUGGAACCACUCCUUCAACCGGAACCACCCACCUAUGCUGGCAGUUGGCAGUGAUGACCCGGGGCCAUCCAACACUGGCAAAGUCCACGUGUACGAGUACUGUGAAGGAAGCCGUCGUUGGACACGGGUUGAAACCGUCAUCACAGUUGUGGAUCCUGUGCACGAUCUGGCCUUCGCUCCUAGCGUAGGCCGCUCCUACUACCUCCUGGGGAUUGCCUCGAGAGAUGUGCGCAUCAUCUCUUUUAAGCCGCUGCCGGAGUUGAUGACAUCUCAGAUGCAAGAUGGAGGCGCCGCCAAGUUUGAAACCAAAGUUGUCGCUCAGUUUGACGAUCAUAACUCACAGGCUUGGAGGGUAAGCUGGAACAUCAUUGGCACUAUCCUCGCAUCUUCUGGAGAUGAUGGCUGUGUGAGAUUGUGGAAAGCCAACUACAUGGGCAUCUGGAAGUGCAUAGCCACAUUGCAAGGUGACGGCGGCGUGGUCCAAGGAGACAAGCAGUCGACCGACAUGACCUCUUUUUCGGGGCAAACAGGAAGCUCGGGUGCCAUUACAACCCCAUACCAAAACUCAGCCCAAGGUGCUCCUAGGAGGUGGCAUUGAACGCACGUGGCCCUUUACUGCCUUCCACAUUUUUCUCACGGCAGGAAAUGACCAAACCUGAAAUGCUUGCAGGGCAACGAUUAUGUGAAUAAAUGUGCGCUUUGUUUUUGUA